AACCCUUACAACCCCCUCACAUCCCCCCCCCCUCACCUGCCUCCCCCUCCGCCUGGCCUCCCCUCCACCCAGCCCCCUUGCCUCCCGACAUCCCCCCCCCCCGCCCCUGUCCCCCUUGCCUCAACCCCUCCCCAUCGCCUCCGACCCCCGCCCCACCUACAAGCAGAGGAUCAGCCAGGAUUCCAACCAGCGGGAGUGAAGGUCGAUGGGAUCAAGACGCACCUGCCCCUCAGCCUCCAGGGAGGCCGGGUCACCCUGUUCCAGAGCGGGGCGUCCGCGGUCUUGGAGACAGACUUCCAUCUGAGGGUGUCCUACGACUGGAACCACCACCUGGUGGUGACCGCCAGCAGCAGCUACUUCGGGACCCUGUGUGGCCUCUGUGGGAACUACAACGGGAAGGCAGACGAUGACUUCCGGACCCCGGGUGGCGAGGUGGUGUCCGACGUCCUGGAGUUCGGGAAGAGCUGGAAGGUGCCCGACGGGGAUGUCUUCUGCUGGAACGACUGCAAUGGGGCAUGCCCCACCUGCGGAGCCCAGGAGCAGGGGAAGUACAGGGGUCCCGGCUGGUGCGGGCUGCUGGCUCUCACCGCCGGCCCUUUCCGGGGAUGCCCAGCCAAAGUGGACCCCGCACCCUAUGUCGACAACUGUGUCUACGACGUCUGCCUCUCCGACGGGGACCACACGCUCCUCUGCCGGGCGCUGAAGGUCUACGCCGAUGCUUGCCAGGGGGAAGGGAUUGAGGUCGGAGACUGGAGGAAGCCCUCCGGGUGCCCCCUGACCUGCCCAGAGAACAGCCACUACAGGCGUGCGGCAGUGCAUGCCCACCGAGCUGCGCCCAGCCCUCUGGGAACACCACCUGCGGACUGCCCUGCGUGGAGACCUGCGCCUGCAACGCGGGCUACGUGCAGAGCGCGGGCAGGUGCGUGGAGAGGACCAACUGCGGCUGCCUCCACGAGGGGCGUUACUACGAGGCGGGGGAGACCUUCCUGGAGGGCGAGGACUGCCAGCAAAGGUGCCGGUGUGACCUGCCCACAAAGAAGAUCGCCUGUGCCCAGCCCGGUGCAGGGACGGGAGCGGUGCCAGGUCUGGCGGGGCGCCAAAGCCUGCCACCCAGCGGGCUACGGGACCUGCUCGGCAGCCGGGGACCCCCACUACCGCACCUUCGAUGGGGUCCGCUUCGACUUCCAGGGGACCUGCGUCUACUCCUUGGCCGCACUGUGUACCAACGGCACGGGGCUGCCGCCCUUCACGGUACAGGUGCAGAACGAGAACCGGGGAAGCAACCAGAAGGUGUCCUACACCAGGAUGGUGAGGGUCACCGUCUACGGGCAGACCCUCGUCGUGUCCCGGGAGCAGGCUGGCAGAGUGCUGGUUGAUGACAUCCUUGUGAACCUGCCCUACCACAACACUGCAGGGACACUGCACGUGCGCGGGACGGUGCAAGGCGCGUCCCUGGAGGCGGACUUCGGCCUGCGUGUGACCUUCGACUGGCACAGCCGGGUGAACGUGCGCCUGCCCACAACCUACAAGGGCUCUGUCUGCGGCCUGUGCGGCAACUUCAACGGCAACCAGAAGGACGACCUGCCGGCCGGCGGUCCACGCGAGCUGGGGGAGCGCUGGCGGGCGGCCGUCACGCCGGGCUGCGUGGGGGACUGCGGCGGAGAAUGUGGAACCUGCAAUGCCGAGUCCAGGCAGCACUUCGGAGGCCUGCGUUUCUGCGGGCUGCUGCUGGAGGAACGCGGACCCUUCCGGGACUGCAGGAAACGGCUGGACCCCCGCGGGUACUUCGAGGACUGCGUUUUCGACACCUGUCUGUACAAGGGACACCAGACUGCACUUUGCCAGGCCAUGGAGAGCUACGUAGCUGCAUGCCAGGAGGCAGGGCUCACCGUACACCCCUGGCGCAACGCAAACCUUCGUCGUAAUACCGGUUCAUUACUGUCUCGCCAGGAGCACUGUGUCCCUGGCCACUACGAGCCAUGCGGCCCCCCCUGCCCGCCGAUGUGCGGCGCGGAGCCAGCAGAGUCUGACGAGUGCGACCGGCCCUGCGUCGAGGGCUGCCAGUGCGAUGGGGGCCGGGUGUGGUCGGGCUCGGGCCCCGGCGCCGGCUGUGUGGCGCCCUCGGCCUGCGGCUGUUCACUGCCCGGCUCCGGCCUGUACCUGAGGCCCGGGCAGCGGGCCUGGCUGGGCGCCGACUGCCGCCGGAGCUGCCUGUGCCGGGCGGGCGGGGCUCUGGACUGCGGCCCGGGCCCUGUCCCGGUCCCAGGCAGCCGGACACCCUCACUACCUCACCCUGGACGGAUGGGCCUUCGACUUCCAGGGGAGCUGUGCCUACCUGCUGGCUGGGGCCGAGGCCAGGGCCUCCCACCCAGUCACCCCCUUCGCCGUCACUGUGGUCCAGCGGCCGGCUGGCGGGGGGCGGGCGGCCGGUGGCGCCGUUGCCGUGGAGCUGGAGGUGGGCGGCCGGAGGCUGCUGCUGGAACGGGGCGGCCGUGGCAGGGUCAAGGUGGACGGAGUGCUGGCCCACCCCCCCUGACCCUGGACAGGGGGGCAGUGUGGGUGUACCCCCACGGUCACCUGGCGGUGAUGGAGACGGACUUCGGGCUGGCCGUCAGCUACGACCUGGCGUCCCGGGUUACGGUCACCGUUCCCGGUGAGUACCGGGGUCUCACCCGGGGGCUGUGCGGCGACUUCAACGGGGAGCCGGCCAACGACUUCCGGACACCGGAGGGGAAGCCUGCGCCGAACGCCGACUCCUUCGGCCGCAGCUGGGCGGUCAAGCGGCUGGCACCCACCGGCUGCCAACACGGCUGUGGGCGGCAGUGCCCGGAGUGCCCUCAGGAACGGCUGUCUGUCCUGAAGGGGGGAGACUACUGCGGGAUCCUGACCUCGGACGAGGGUCCGCUGAGCGCCUGCCACGCCGUGCUCCCGCCGGCUCGCUUCUUCACCGACUGCCUCUACGACACCUGCCUGUCCGAGGGGGACCUCGCCGCCGUCUGCGAGAGCGUCCAGGCCUACGCCACCGCCUGUCAGGCGCUCAACGUCACCCUCAAGCCCUGGAGGACAAAAUCCUUCUGCCCCAUGAAGUGCCCGGUCCACAGUCACUACGAGUUGUGUGCCGACACCUGUCGCUCUACGUGCGUCGGCCUCACCGAGCAGUCACCAUGCCCGGCCUUCUGCUCCGAAGGGUGUGAGUGCGACCCGGGUUUCCUCUCCGACGGAGACCGCUGCGUCCCCGUCGACCAGUGUGGCUGCCUCGGGAACGGACGGUACUACCAGCUGGGGGAGACGGUGGUCCAGGAGGGCUGCACCCAGCGCUGCUCCUGCAGCCAGACCGGACUGGUCUGCAAAGCGAUCUCGUGUGCGGCGGACGAGCACUGCGUGGUCAAGGACGGGGUACUGGACUGCUACAACAAGGAUCCGUGCAAAGCCGCCCGGUGCCGUGAGAAGGAAGACUGCAAGGUGGAGAAGGGUGUGGCAAAGUGCGUGCCUCAGUACACCAAGAAGUGCUGGGCCUGGGGCGAUCCCCACUACCACACCCUGGACGGCCUGAACUACGAUUUCCAGGGGACCUGCACCUACGUGGUGGCGGAGUCGUGCGGGACGGACACCACCCUCCCUUCCUUCAAGGUGACGGCCAAGAACGACGUCAGGGGCAACACUACCGUCUCCUUUGUCAAGCUGGUGCACGUGGACGUUUACGGCUACGGGAUCGCCAUCCACAAGUUGGAGACGGGACUCGUCAGGAUAAACGACAUGAAGACCCGCCUCCCCGUGACGCUGGAAGAGGGGAAGCUGCGCCUUUUCCAGCGAGGAUCCUUCGCCGUGUUGGAGACCGACUUCGGCCUGGAGGUGUCCUACGAGUGGAAUUGGUACCUCACCGUCACCCUCACGAGCAGCCACUUCCGCAGCGUGUGCGGCCUCUGCGGCAACUUCAACGGAGUGAAGGAAGACGACGUGACUUUCCCCAACGGCACCAGGGCUCCAUCGACGGUGGAGUGGGCCAGGAGUUGGAAGGUGCCAGACCGCGACCCGUUCUGUUGGGACUACUGCCGGGGUUACUGCCCCACCUGUUCUGAUGCCGACCGGGCACUCUACGGCGGGCCGAAGUUCUGCGGGAUGCUGGAGAAGGUCUUCAAGGGGUGCCACCCCAAGGUGGAUCACAGGCCAUUCGUCGACAGCUGCGUCUACGACGUCUGCCUCAACCAGGGGGCCAGGAAGCUGUUGUGUCAAGCGCUGGAGGCGUAUGCGUCCGAGUGUCAGAAGGAAGGAGUCACGGCGAAGGGCUGGAGGGCAAAAACUUCCUGUCCCCUGGAAUGCCCCCCGAACAGCCACUACAGCGAGUGCGCCCGCGCCUGCCCACCCAGCUGCGUGGACCCAGAGGGGACGGCCCCCUGCCCGGGACCGUGCGCCGAGGCCUGUGUCUGCGACCGGGGCCACGUCCUGCAGGAGGGGGAAUGCCGCCCGGCGCAGACCGCCUGCGGCUGCGUGUACGCCGGCCUCCAGUACCGUCCCGGCGAGGUGUUCUGGCCCGAGGAAGGGUGCCGCCUGCGUUGCGAGUGCCGGGGACGGCUGCGGAUGGCGGUGUGCCAGGAGGGAGCCUGCGGACCCGGGGAGACGUGCGGCCUGUCCGGCGGGGUGCGGGGCUGCGUGCCGGCCACGUACUCCACCUGCUCGGCCAGCGGGGACCCACACUACACCACCUUCGAUGGGACGCGCUUCGACUUCAUGGGCACCUGCGUGUACCGGCUAUCGGGGCUGUGCAAGGGGAGGGCCAGAGGAGGAGGAGGGGGCGGCACCACCCCCACCGUCCGACGCCCAGGUCUCGACUCCUUCGAGGUCCAGGUGGAGAACCAGCGGCGAGGCAGCCCCACUGUCUCCUACACCCGGGCGGUCACCCUGCUGCUCAACGGCACCUCGCUCGCCAUGAGCGUGGAGUUCCCCUGGCGCGUCCUGGUGGACAGCGUACAGCGCGCGAUCCCCACACGCACGGACGACGGGCGGGCCACCGUGCUGAGGAAGGGCCAGUACGGGGAGAUCCGGACGGACUUCGGCCUGACACUGACCUUCGAUUGGAACAGCCAGGUGACCCUCACCCUGCCCAGCACCUACGCCGGCUCCGUCUGUGGCCUGUGCGGCAACUACGACGGCAACGCGAGGGAUGACCUGCGCCUGCCCAGCGGACAGGUGGCCCAGAGCGUGCAGGCCUUCGGCGAGGCCUGGAAGGUGUCAGACGUCCCGGGCUGUGUCUCGGGCUGCGGCGGGGCCUGUCCGCUGUGCAGCACGGACGACCAGCGCGUGUACGGCGCCCCAGCCCACUGCGGCAGGUUGACGGCCCGGAACGGGCCCUUCCGAGACUGUCACAGCAAGGUGGACCCCCAGCCCUUCUUUCAGGACUGCCUGUAUGACGUCUGCCUGUACCGGGGCCGCCGGUCAGUGCUCUGCGAUGCCCUGGGACAAUACACGGCCGCCUGUCAGUCAGCGGGGGCCAAGGUCCACCCCUGGAGGAGCAGCGGCUUCUGUGAGCUCCCGUGCCCGCGGAACUCCCACUACACCCUGUGUGCGGACCACCCUGCCCCGACUCCUGCUCCGGACUGGAGGGGCAGUGCUGAGUGUUUCGGGACCCUGCCUGGAGAGCUGCCAGUGGCGAACGGCGUGCACAUCUUGAGCGGGGGCGAGUGCGUACCCCUCUCCCACACUGCCGGCUGCAGAACGGGGUCCGGGGCUGCUUCCCGGAGGAGGUGGCCAAGUGCGUGGCCUCAGGAGACCCCCACUACAACCGACUACACCGGGCAGCGGUUCGACUUCCAGGGUGCCUGCGCCUACGUCCUCAGCAGGGCCAUGGGGACCCCUGGGGGUCUGGCCCCCUUCCAGGUGGAGGUGGAGAACCAGCCUUGGGGCAACGGGAAGGUGUCCGUCACCCACCGGGUCUUGGCCAACGUGUCUGGGCACCAGUUCGUGCUGGAGUUCGGGCGUCAGGGGGGGAUGAAUUUCCGGGAACUCCCAGCCCCCAAGGUGCUUGGGGGCCAGAUCGUGGACGGGGAGUGGUUCAACACGCCCUUCGAGCUGGUCGGCGGGGGGGAGGAGAAGGUGCAGGGGACUCUGGAGGGCACCAGGACGGUGCUGCAGACAUCCUUUGGGCUGGAGGUGUCGUACGACGGAGUGUAUCAGGCCGAGGUGAGGGUGCCCAGCACCUACCGUGAACGGCUGGGAGGCCUGUGCGGAGACUAUGCCCGGCAGAGGCGUGAGGGUUUCGUCCUGCCUGGGGGCAAGGUCACCCGCGACGUGUCGGAGUUCGGGGCGGCCUGGCGGGUUCCGGGAGGGGCCCCGGGCUGUGACAGCGACUGCGGAGCCUCCUGCUCCCCCUGCCCGGCCAGACAGUCCAAGCGGCUGGCCAGUUCAUCCCACUGCGGCCGGAUCAAGGACCCCACCGGGCCGUUCGCCGCCUGCCUGACCCGGGUGGACCCCAGGCCGUUCCUGCAGAACUGCAUCUUCGACCUGUGCGUGGCCCGGGGGGAGCGAGGGACCCUGUGCGAGGCGAUCCGCGCCUACGCCCUGGCCUGUCAGCAGGAGGGCGUCCCGAUCAGAAGCUGGAGGACCAAGGACUUCUGUCGUGACUCUGCCCUGCCCCGCAACAGCCACUACCAGCUGUGCGUCGACAGCUGUGGGACCAGUUGUGCCUCGACCGUCACCCCCACCGCCUGCGACCACCGCUGCUCGGAGGGCUGUCAGUGUGACCAAGGGUUCGCCAUGAGCGGCAAUGAGUGCGUCCACGUCGAGUCCUGCGGCUGUAUCCACCAGGGCAGAUAUUUAAAGGCAAACGAGAGCAUCUACACGACGGACUGUGCCGAGGUCUGCACAUGCCACAGUACGGGGACUGUGACAUGCCAGAAGGCGGGCUGCCGGGCGCCCCAAGUCUGCCUGCUGCGUCAGGGACGGAGGGGUUGCGCCAGGAAGGAAGGGGUCUGCUCCGUCGAGGAGGGCCGUACCCUGACUGGGUUUGAGGGCAGGGUGGGGCCGGUGGAGGCGGCAGGCACCUUCGUGCUGGCGACGGUGUCCAAUGCUUCAUCCGCUGACUGGUUCCGAGUGCUGGCGGACUUCAGGGCCUGCGGCGGGAAGAAGAGUCUGGGGGCAGCCGCCGUCUACGCUUACUUCCAGGGCGCCUUCAUCGUGGUGACGGAGAGCAAGAGCAUCUGGGUUAACGGGCGUCCCGUGAAGGAAGACCAGCUGCCGCUGAGCGCCACCCCCCAGCUCAGUGUCCGCUCGGAGACAGCUGGGGUGGUCCUGGAUCUGGCCGGCAAGGUCCGGCUACACUUCAGGGGAUUCGGGGACCUCACCCUGACCGUGGACAACAGCCUCAGGGACCAGCUGCAGGGAGCCUGCGGGACCUUCGAGGAGAGCGGAGUCGUCCGGCUGCUGCUGCCCGACGGCGAGGUGGCGCGCAGCGUCCGGCAGUUCCUGCGGGGCUGGUGGGCUGCUGAGUUCUCCAGCUGUGAAACCUCGGCGAAACCUUCUCUUCUCCACUGACGGGUCGUCCCACCUUGGAGCCCAGACGUCCUCACUUGACACUGAUGAAUGUACCCCCCCCCCCCCCCCACCCCUACCAAGUCCUCCACCCUCCUCACUCCCUGUGAAGCAACGGACGGGACGAGGGGGCAGACUUACUCUGCACUUUGAAUCAAAUCCAAGACAAUAAAAUUUUCUCCAAGUUCGACAGCA